AACGGCGUGAUCUCCCUCAUCGACUGCACGCUGGUGGAGGAGCAGGAGAGCACCGACGAGGACGCAAAAACACCAGGGCAAGACAUCGACCACCUCGACUUCAAAAUCGUGGUGGAGCCCAAAGAUUCCUCAUCUUUUACGGUUAUCCUUGUGGCCUCAUCCAGGCAGGAGAAGGCGGCGUGGACCAGCGACAUCAGCCAGUGCGUGGACAACAUCCGCUGCAAUGGCCUCAUGAUGAACGCCUUCGAGGAGAACUCCAAGGUCACCGUCCCCCAGAUGAUCAAGUCCUGCAGAUCCGCUAUGCAAGUGUGGAACGGCUCCUGGAGAGGCUGACGGACCUGCGGUUCCUGAGCAUUGACUUUCUGAACACGUUCCUGCAUUCGUAUCGUGUCUUCACCACCGCCCUGGUUGUCCUCGACAAGCUCAUCACGAUCUACAAGAAGCCGAUCAGUGCCAUCCCCGCACGGUCCCUGGAGCUGCUGUUUGCCAACAGCCAGAACAACAAGCUGCUGUACGGCGAGCCCCCCAAGUCUCCCCGAGCCAACCGCAAGUUCUCCUCGCCUCCCCCGCUCUCCAUCACCAAGUCCUCGUCCCCCAGCCGCCGGAGGAAGCUCUCCCUCAACAUCCCCAUCAUCACGGGAGGGAAGGCGCUGGACCUGGCUGCUCUCAGCUGCUCCUCCAACGGCUAUGCGAGCAUGUACUCCUCCAUGGCUCCCUUCAGCAAGACCACCCUGGACAUAAACAAACUGUACGUGGCCAGUAACUACCCCAAUAAAAUCCCCGACGAAGGAGAAGCAGCCUCGGAGAAGCACGAGGAGACGCUGCCGAGCAAGCAAAGAGAGUCGCU